AUGAAAAUUCAGCAACAUUCUCUUUCUAUCAUAAAAGCACAUGCCGAAAUCAACUUAUCAGCAGAUGAGUACUUGUCCGAUCAACCACUAUCAUCUGAAGAAAAAAAGUAUUAUGAUGAAUGUAAACAAUAUUACUAUAUGACCAAACGACCAUUAAUAUCGGUUUCUGAUGAAAUAUUUGAUCAUAAUGUCGCCAUAGAAUCACUUAUAUUAAAAUUUGGUAUUGAUGAAGAUUGCCAUCAAUUUAAAUUACAAAAUUUUUUGAAUAAUAUUUGUUCGAUGUUGAACAUAACUAUGCAUGAUAUUUCAAUUAAAAACAUACAGAAUGGUUCCGCUAUAUUAGAAACAGAAAUUUUUGGAAAAUUAGAAUCCAAAGAUAAAGCAUUAAAGAUUCGAGUGAUGUAUGAAUCAUUAACAGAUAAAAUGCAAGAAGAAAUUGCAAAGCUUAACGUCUUUUUUCUGUAUAUGGGUAGUAUUGAAGCAUUUGCAAAACAGCAAAAUUAUCGCUCAGAAAUUAAAUUAAAUCCCCAAUUUAAUCGUACGUAUGGUCCAGGUCAUACAUACUGGACUGGUGAACUUAAAGAUGGAAGAGACCGUGGAGGUAAACCGUAUUAUUGUCCUGUUGGAUGGCAACGAAAUUCUCUUUAUAUCAUUGAUAACUUGCGUGCCAGGUAUAAAGGUUGGUGUAUUUGUUAUCAUGGCACAAAAUUUAACUUCGGUUUAGCAAUUUUAUUAAGCGGAUUAAAACCAGCAGACAAUACUGCGCAUGGGGAAGGAAUAUAUGCUAGUCCGUCGAUUAUUUAUGCUUGUCAUCCAAGAUAUGCUGAAGUUAAAGAUAUAGAACCAAAACAUCAGAACGAAUAUUUUAAAAUUGGUAAAGAUCAAUAUGGUAAUGAUAAAUAUGGUAAAUAUGUACAAUUUGUAUUAGAAUGUCGUGUUCAUCCAAGUAAUAUUAAAAAAAUAGGUCGCGAAACAUUAGGUGUUCGUACUACUAUCGAUUCUAAUGUAAGCAAUGAAGAGAUUGAAUGGGUUAUCAAAACCAAUGCUAAAAAGAUAGUUGAUUUUAAUGAUGUUGACGCCGAAAUGAUUUGUACAGGAAUAAUGAUACGUGUUACGGAGCAACACCCUCAAUCAUUACCUGAUUCCAAAUGGUGGUCGGGCUGA